CAGACUCAGGCGUUGCUGUCUUGUUUGGAGGUGGAAGGAAACACAAGGAAACAAGGGCGAGCGUCAAAAUAAUGGAGUCAGACAUAUUGAAGAUCAUCUGCGCCAAUCAAGGAUCAAUUAAAACUGAUUAUUUGAUAUUGAAUCUUGGAUUAGACAAUUCAAUUUAUGAUGUCAUUAAUGACCAAGAUAAAUUAGCUUUGUGUAGUCCUUACGGGCAGCCGAAGGUGGUGGCCAGGACCAGACUGAAACUGUGUAGAGUCCGAGAGUGUCCGGGAUCAUGUAGGGCGCUGCACCUGUGUAAAAAGUUCCUCUUCACUGGAUCCUGUCCGUUCGUUUGGUCGAGGACAGGAUGCAGAUUUUCCCAUGAGCUGGACUCUGAUCACAAUGCAGAGUUACUGCGAGUGCAUGAGCUGGAGAGUCUGAGCCAGACCGAGCUGUGCACACUGCUGCUGCAGAGCGACAACUGGCUUCUGCCUGAUAUAUGUCAUCACUACAACAAUGGUGGCGGCGAGUUUGGCCUGUGUCAGGAGGGUUUCGCCUGCAAGAGACUGCACAUCUGUGAGAGG